AUGAAGCUCAAAGCCCUCGGAAUUGAAUGCUGGCUUUCGAGCUCGCAUACAGAUGAGCAUCCCAUAGGUAAUACAGAAACAUCGUUCAGCGAAACAACUGGGACCACCACCGUGAGGACUUCAGUUUCUCCUCAUGAAGAGCCUGAUUCCGAGUCCGAGUCCGAGUCCGAGUCCGAGUCCGAGGUCGACUAUUACCUCUCUUGGAGGACCAGUCCUAAUGAGCCCAUGUCAUUAUGGUGUAUUGUCUUCUCCAGGAAGCCUACCGGGCACCUAGAAACCGUCGAGUCCAAGGUCUGGAUGUGCAGCUCUAAGCAAAAUACGCAGCAACGUUCGUCGGAGCACUUUCAUGAGGACCCUGCAAGGCGAUUCCGCCCCCGUUCCAUCAAAUCGUCAGAUAAUAUGGGGACUCUCAGAUUAGAAAUCAGGCGACUCAAUGGUACCGUGAACGCAGUAUGCUUGCUUGGAGUAGACGAUCUGGACAUUGACAUCCUGGAUGAAAAGUAUCCAUGGAUUGUGUUCGAAUUCAACUUCAAGCGGAAAAAUAAUGACGAAGUUUCCGCGUUCUCGAAUCCAACAACCACACGCAUAUAUUCUCAAAAGAGAAAACGCCAAGCAAGUGCAUCAUCAAGUGCAUCAACAUCUUCUUCACCAUCCCGAAAACAUUCGUUCACUGACAUCACUCCUCGUGAAAAUACUUUGUCAAGUUCUAGAAUCACCCCGAGAGCUGGCGCUGGCCCUAGAGGGAAACCCACAAGCUCUAGUCUUCACUCUUCUCAUAGUGUACCAGCAUUGAUUGCAGCUAGGAGUCCCCAACAUUCACUGAAUACCAACACAAUAGUAGAUCUACCAGCUCCUGGAGAAUCCAAUGUUAAAGCUUCGUCAUCGGGAAAGGCUAAGGAGCCCAAUUCUAAUUUUUCCCCACCCACUAGCUCAGAACCUAACCAAGUUGAAGCUACAGAUGACUAUGUUAGUGGAGCACAGGCCGAUUCUGAUAUUCUCAAUCAUUCUGGCAAGAUGAAAGCCUCAGAAUUUAGCCAAAAUGUGUCAUCUUCUCUACCUUCACCAAUUGAAAGAGAGGCUGAAGAGCUGGAGCAGAAAAGCAAGAAACUGGCUGCAAAGAUAGUUGCAAAAAAAGAGAAGAAGCGCCGUAAGGGUGCCGAGGCCAAAAUUGCCAAACUGAAGGCUCAAAUUCAGGAACAGGAAGCGGAGUUAGGCUCAUUCUCAACGGAUUCCGAAUCUGAAGGGAUCUGA